UCUCGUUGCCAGGACAACAAGUAAACUGUCUGUGUGGCAAUGGCUGAUCUUCUAAAACUGAAACAACAAGUAGAGGAAUUCAAAAGUGAAUACUACAACAGAAACAGGGAAGCCGAGGUGAACAGAAAGAAGGAGACCCAGGCUGCCAUCCGAAUUCAGUGCUGGUUCCGAGCCUGCAGGGUGCGGACAUACAUCAGACAUCUGAACAAGAAAGCAAUCAUCAUACAGAAGGCAUGGCGCGGCUUUGCAGCAAGGGCACAUGUCAGACAAAUGGUGAAGGCGGCAUAUUUUACCAUGAAGAUGAAUUUCUACAACGACAUGGCGGUCAGGAUUCAGAAAACAUGGAGAGGAUUCUACUACAGGACGUACAUUCAUUACUUUUAUGCUCGGAAAAGGUAUCUGCAGCAAAUUCUCAUGAAGAAUGAGCUUCUCAGGAAAGAGUUGGAUGAGAUUGAGAAAGCACAGACGAGAGAGAAGGAAUAUCUAGAGGCUACAAAAGAGCAAAAAAUGAAAGCUUACCAAGCUUAUCGAUUGCACCACCUCAUCAGCACAAAACAGGUCCCUGGGGUAUUUAACUCUCCUUACAGGCAGGACCCUGAGGAGAUGGAGCUGCUGCUGAGGCAGGUCAGGUAUCAGGUCCCUACCAGCAGGGUCCGCCGAGAUUCAGGUUGUCUCAGGGGCCGUUGUGACUCAAUGGGACUUAGUUUCUCUGGGCCUCCUGAAUCCCAAAGUAUUUCCACCAAAACCCGGGAGUUGAGGACCAGACUACCUCCUAUUGGCAGCAAGAAGGGAAAGGCAAAAAUAACCCAAACUGUCCAUAACAGAUGAGGCAGAUAAUGGAUUAAAGCAAUAUGACUGAGGUGAAAAAAAAAAAAAAACUGAAAAAAAGUGCAAUAGUAAAAUUCUUGUGUUCGAGUGAUGACAAAAUAAAAGACAAUGUGACAGCAGCUUUAAAGCCCAGCUGGAUCAGAGGCUCCUGGAAGAACACCUUUGCCUCAAUAAAGGGAUCACAGGGAGAAGAAUCAGCAAUAUCUGUUCUCCAUGCGACUUAUGCAAAAAUCUUAAAAUUACAAUAUUACACCUCAGACAGGUGAGACUUCCAUGACUCACACUUUUUGUGAUUUAUAAUGAAUCAUCUGAUCUUUCAUUUUAUUUUUAUGUGUACUAGUUCACUUUUAAUCUGAGUAAACACAUAUUUAAACCAUA